AUGACUGCCACAGGAAUGAAGAGAAAUCAGGGGAAUGAUGAGCUGCCAUGUCUUAGUAUUUAUGCUCUGUGGAAAGAGUGCUUUUAUAAAAAGGUACAGCAGAGGUGUCUGAGUCUGCAGGAGACAAAAGUGAAGAUGGUUCAUGAACAAAAGGUAAAAGAAGAAAAGGUAAAUAAGAGAGAACCCUGUGACUUGCUGUCCAGAGAGUGGUUCAAUGAUGAGAAAGUGUCACUAGAUACUCGCAUCUAUUUGCUUGAAAAACUCCUACCUACAUUAAUCCCAGGAAUUGAAAAGCUGUUAAUGGAAGUGGAAAGAAAGAAUGUGCUUGCAGCAGAAGAGCCAACCCAAUUCAAUCCCUUUAUUUUCCUUGGAGAAUAUCUGAUGAGACAUAACCCCCAGUAUGGCAUUCCUACAAAACCAGGCCCGUACCUGAGAGGAUUGAAGGUGGUCACAGAGGAGCUAAGAUCUGAGAUGCCUGGUACAGCAUCAGAGAGGCUGGCCAGGAUGAAGGCUGAGACAAAGACCAAACAUAAGGAGAGGGAGGAAGUAGAAAAUAUGAAGCGUCAGGUGAAAUUGAUGAGAAAGGAGGCGCUGGCAAUUCAGUUCAAAGAGUGGACAGUGGAUGUCAGUGGCAGAAUACCAAUUGCACUGGUUCAGAGCGCCCUGAGGACUUUCGCAGAUGUUAUUGCUUCUACAGCCACAGAUGUGAGAAAAAUCUGUGACAGGAAGCUGGAAAUCGUAGACACUUUGGAAAAAAAAUUAAACAUAGAUGAAUUCACAGAGUAUGUCCAUUCCUACACUGAACAUUUUCCAGAUGACAUGUUCCAAGAAGUGCUGAAGCAUCUCUGUAGGUGUGCUGAUGACUUUGGAGAAGCAGUAAGACAUGAUAUGUGGAGGCAAAUGUUUACUUUUCUCUUCGUAGAUUGUGAUUAUGGAAAGGUUGGUCUCUUAAACAGACCAAAAAUACUUGCCCUGUUGACAGACUUCUACAAAAGAAGCCCAGUGGGUGCUCAGGAGGGAUUCUGUAACCCAAGACAGUGGCCAAUAAUAGAGCUGCAAGAGAUUAAGCUUGCACAUUUAUGGGGAGGCUUUGAUGACCAGGAGGUUUGUGAGGAACUCAGUGAAAAGUUAACCUUGUCUCAAACAGAAAUUUCUGAGAGAGAGAUUUUAGCUGAACCUGUAGAUGAUGAUAGACAAGGCAGCAACGUGGUGAGAACUAGUGUCACAGAAGGUCUUUCCAAACAAAUGGGCAUGAAUGAAGCUGAGACUGGAGGAAUUUCUAAGGAAGAAAACCAAGCAGCAGAAUCAAAUGAUGCUGAAGUGAGAGAGGAAGGUAAGGAUGCUCUGUCAGAGCUGGAAAGCACUGAUUUGGAAGCUAGAGACUUGGAUGGAGGUACCGUAGUUAGUGGGAAAUCCAGUUUCCAUGAAGACAUGGAAACUGAGGGGCAAACUGAGGGGCAAACUGAGUCUGCAAGUGCAGUCAGUCAGGAGGAACUUUUCCCUGAAUCUACUGAGUACAGUCUCAGUAGAGAUGGAGAACCUGGAUCUGAAAAUCAGGUGGAGGAAGAGGAAUUUAGCCUGGGAAGAGAGCCUGAUAUAGAAAAAAAUGGAGAAGAAGAUUAUCCUAUCUCAGACAGAGAACCUGGCUCAGAAGGGCAAGUCAGUCAGGAGGGGAACUGGACUGCAGAAACAACCAACACAACUUCAGAACCAACAACUGAAGCUACAGCCAUGACCUCAGAAGACAGAGCUGUGGCAGACAUGGAUGUCAUUGAUUCAAAAGAGGAUGCUCCAGUUGCAGAGGUUGUGAAAGAAACCCCUGCAAGAAAAGGGAGUGUUCUUGAGCAGCAUGACAGCCAGACUGGCCAACAGACAAGCUCAGAGACAAGGCUGCAGGAUGGGAACCUUCUCCAAGACCAGGGUGGAGACCUGCAUCCCAUCAUGGCAGAGAUUCAGAACCGCUGGGCUUCUCGUACUAGGAGCACCUUUGAUGAAAGCAGCCUCAACCUGCCACAGUUUGUACAGCUCAUGGAGACAUUUGUUGGUGAAGAGAUUUCUCUGCCUACUGUGAAGAGGCUUAUUGUCUUCAUCAAAAGAGAAUACAAACAGACAGAAGAGGAAAAAAUGCAACAGCUAGAAAAAGUUCACCACAGCUCUCACUUGGCCCAGCGGAAACUGCUUUUGGAGGCACUUUUUGAAAAGUGGGACAACAACGCAUCUGGGUUUCUGGAGCUGGAAGAGGUGGAUGCUGUUCUGAGCACCUUUAAGGAAGGGAUGGAAAAAGAGACCUUGAGGAAGGCAAAGAAACACCUUUGCUCCCGCUACCCCCAGCUCAGCAGAGUGGGGAAGCUAUCCCCAAAGGCAUUCCAGACUUUCCUUGAGUUACUUGCUUCCGAGCUCAGUGGCAAUAAGGAUGAAGCUAUUGAUAACUUGGUGGAAUUUCUGAACACAAGUGUGGAACAAAGUCACACGGAGUACUUGCAAAGCUCAGCCAGGAGGAAAUGGCUGCACAACAUCCAGCAGGCAGCGGAGACCAGCGGAGCAAGCAUAGAGCCAGUUUACAAAGCAGUGUUUAAGGCCCUCUCCCAGGAUGCAGAAGCCCAUGGGGAUAACAAGAAGAUCAGUGCAUACAUUGCCCUUUUGGAAGAGAACCAGCUCACACCAGAGCAGGGACAGAUUCUCCUACACUACGUGGCAUGUACUGCAGAUGAUGCUCCAUAUGUUCUAAACCAGAGACUUUACAGAGACAUGAAAGGAGUAAGCUUUGCAGCUGUUGAAGAGGGAAAGCCAAUCCAUGUUCCAAGAGUUCAGCUCCAUGGAAAUAUCCACUUCUGGAACUAUGACCGCCCAGCGGAGGAGAGAAAAGGUUCAUUCCUGGUACUGCCCUUGCACGAUGCUCGCUGGAGAGUCUUUGGCAUUCUAGGACUUGACACUCUUCGGGAUCAGUGUGAGACAACCACCUUUCUGGCCCAUGAGAUCAGUUUUUAUCAGGGAGUUUCUUAUGCAUUCAGCAAAGCCUAUCACCACAUCUGCACACUGGAAAAUGUUCUGCACAUGACUGGUACUGCUCUGGACUGGUUGUAUCCCAGAGCACCCAGCAUCCACACUGUUACUAUGUACCUGGUGGAGCCUGGCAAAGACAAGGCAUGGAACUACACUCUGCGCAAGAUGACUUCUAUAGAUAAUACAGGACAAAAGGAAAUUCAUAGCUCUCCUGUUCUCCUCAGAAAAGAAAACCUCUUAAGAGAUUACCUAUUUAAGUGCAUAGACAGCUCAGGAGUCAUUCACACUUCUGUCUACAGAGAAUACCACAUUGCAGUACCUCUCCGUGACCUAUCAGGACAAGCUCUUGGAUUAUUUGACAUCAACAUUGGACACGACCAGAAAUUACCACCUCAUGAACACAAAGACCUGCAGAAAAUGCUAAAGAUAGUCCAAGCUGCCUGCUCUGAGAUACUGAAGAUGGCUUUAGAUGAAACAGAACCAACCUAUGCACUGGAGGCAGAACACGAGGCAAAUUUGAGGCAUGCAGGGAUUCUGUUCCACUGGUUCAUGCUGCAGGACCUGCGUGAGUGUGUCUGGAAACUCAAUGCUGAGAGCUUUGCUGACAUAAAGAGCUAUGUAGAACCGCCAGCUCUGGUACAUAGCAUAGUUAAGGCUGUGCUCGUGCUUUUCCAUCCAGACUGGAAGGGCUCAGAGGAGACUGAGAACUGGAGUCAGUGUAAACUGAAACUUGAUGAUAAUUUGAUUCAGGAGAUUUAUUGCUUUGAUCCAACUGCUGCAUCUGUGCAAGUUCAAGCAGAGCUGCUUCUGGACUGCAUCGCUGGUGUAUCUCGAGCAGCGGUGUGGGAACACAGCUCGGCUCCCAUGGAGUACCUGUACCACUGGGUACAAACCUGCCUGGCGCUG